AUGUCCCAUCAAACGGCAAAGGCGCUCAGCGACGUUGUUCCGGGCCACCAGGGACCGUUUUCCGCGGUUGUCGUCAAGUUUGCUGACGCAUUGUACAAUUUGAGCGUUCAAAAAAAACCGGUUCUUCCGCAAAAUUCAGAGGUGGCUCGCCAGCACAUUUGUGCUUAUCUUGCAGCCGAAAAAUAUCACGAACGAUUGGACAUGACGACUCCUUCGUUGAACAUGAUCCCCGUACCGCCAAAGGUAGCCAUGCGUGUGAUUGACGAGUUUCGAAAUAGCCUUAUGGGCGAAUUGUCUACACCUUCUUCUUCUCCCGCAUCCACACCGCGUGGAAAAAGAACAAUAAAUGUUGGUUCUGGUGGAUCUCCUGCUAAUGGGUCGCCUUCUGGAGUGUCUACUUCGGCUUCUGGAAGCCCCAGAAGACUUGGAUCUGCCACACCACACAAAAGCUCACCGCUAAAACGUCUUCGUGAAACCGCUCAAGAUCAAGAUGGUGAAUUUGAGUCGUCAAAACGAACCCAAAAGAACCUCCGAGACGUCGAUUCGCCAUUUAAUCCCAAAACAAAGGAUAUACCUCCCUCAGGACGCGAUCUGGAGUCGCCUACACCUCCCAUUCUUGACGAUGCUGCCUACAAAGCCCAGUACCGAAGCGAGAAAAGACAAAUGUCACUUGUUGAAUUCGUGUCUAUGUGCAACCAUUUCUACAUUCCUGCCGAUAUUACGGCCCAGAUGUUGCAAACAUUCGUUGGUCAACGUCACAGAUUCGCUAAAAAGAGCGAAUGGUUGCUUGCCUGUGGCAUGGUUCAUGCUGCCUAUGUUCGCAUCAACCACCGACUACUUCGACUGAAAAUGGGCGCUCGGAGCUUGUUUCAGAACCAGCUCUUCCAGUACCAAGUUGGAGGAUUGGCAAGAUGGAAUAUGCUCCUCUGGUGCAACAUCGUCGAUAAUACUCUCAAAGACGAGCCCUGGAUCAACACUAUAGAAAACACCUACGUCUACAAUAACUCCACCACGGAAAGAGCAGUACGGCUCCGUGAAGUCGAAGCCAAAAAUGGAUUAAAUGGGCAAUUAAUGGCGAGAUUUGGUGCCAUGAUCGAUGCCAGCGAUAUGAGCUACCUGUCACAACAGGAUGAAUAUUACAACCGCUGGACUGCACGAGCAAAACAAAUGGUGGGCGUGGAAGCUGGGAAUACCAAAUGA